UGAAGAUAAAAAUAGAAAAGAGAGAGCAUGCAGGCAUGUACAAAGAGCUUUAUGCUGUCUUUGCAGGCAUAUACGGAGAAAAAGAGCUGCUAAAGUCAAAAGAAGUAGAUCUGUACAGGAGAAUAUACAUUGCUCUCGGAAAGUUUUACAAAAAAGUGCAAGUAGCAGACGAGAAUGAAUACAUUUUAAUAGGAAAAAACAUAAUAGUAAACCAGAAGUAUGUAAAAUGCGAAAAAACAGUAAAUCUAGAUAUAGCACAGGAAAUUUCUAAUGAAAGCGUGGCAAGCCCAGAAUAUAUGCUAAAAAUGAACAAAUGGGGUGUUUCAUUGAAUGUGCAUCAGCACUAUCAUGUGCACUAUGUAGACAACACAGCAGCACGCUCUAGAAUGCUGUGCAUGCCCAUACAUGAAGACAGCGAGGGAAAUAAACUGUAUCUGCACACGAUUGAUGGCAUAGUAGAGCACAUAAAGAUACUGUACGGGAUUUAUAAGGACUCAGACUCAGUGCACCCGUUCAGAGUAGAGAAGGGAACUAAGCUGUGGUCUUACAUCAAGAAAAAAGACAGACAUCUGACGAUGAAAGACCUAUCGGAGUAUAAUAUAGUGUUCUACCACAUCGAAGAAGACUUUGAUAAAGCCGAGUUUACAUUUGCAGAGUUCUGGCCUAAGACUCCGUGGGGAGACGGUGUAAUCUGCAUUCCUCUUUUCCUCACGCCUCUAAUGCGGUCUGCUGUAGCGCUGGGGCCCUUUGUCCAGAAAAAAGACCACAAAGUGGUGGAUCUGGAAGAGUUUGAAGAUAAAAAGCCAAGUGUGUACAUGUACAAUAAAAAGUAUAAUGAAAACAACUACUCGGAUGUGCACAAGUACUACAGAAACCUAUACAUACGGCAGGAGAAAGAAAAGGAAAACAUCGACUGCUACACCAUGGACUGCAGGACAGCUAAAGAGGAAAACAGAGCCAUUAAGGCAGUGUGGUAUGUAAGAAUGCCUGACAGUGUGGAUGAGUACACGCACUGCAUACCGGAUGAGUCCUUCAAAGGAAAAGAAAACACAGAAAAAUUUAAUAAUUUCGUUAACGCGUUGGAGUCAAGGGAAUACAACAAGGACAGCGAUCUGCAGGGCAUUUGGCUGAGUAAUAAUAGCAACGGAGAAGAUAUCGAACAAGAAAAAAAGACAAAAAGCAUAUGCAACUGGCUUGUGGAGAUAAACAAUAAGAAGAAAAAAACCACAAAGAGCCAAGAACAGAUCAAGUCGCAGAUUAGUGUAUAUGAACAGAGAUUGAAGAUGAAACAAGAGGAAGUAGAAGAGAUAAAAAAAUCAAACAAAAAUAAGCAUAGAAAUCAGGCAGAUUAUACAAAAGUAAAGAAAACAACAAUAACAAUGAUCUCCAAGUAUAGAAAAAACUUAGAAAUUCUAUACAAAGAGCUAUCCAGCCAGCCCAGCACACAAGCAGAGCUUAUUGUAUUUAGAAAUAUGAAUAGCAGCAAAUCAAAUCUAGGCGCACAUAAUGAGAUGUUUGACGUUUUGAUCUCGCGGUAUAAGUACAGAACCCAGGCAGAAGUGAACUGGCAGUGA